CAAAAAAUGUUUGCUCGUCGUAAUGGUUCCAGAUUAAAAUUGAAUGAGACAUAGAAAAACUUUGUAAUUAAGGUAAGUAUUUUCAUUAAUAAAUUUAAAGAGAGCUUGCUCUACUAAUAAAUCCUCACUUUCUAGUCUAAAUACCAGUAAUUCUUCCAAAUUUUUUGUAAAAGAAUUUUACUUAUUUGCAUAGUAAUUUGAAGAUAAGACUCAUCCAGAAGAUGGAAAACUCUUAGAUUUGUUAUCAGAAAACGAAAACUUAUAAAAGUCUUAAAUUUAUCAUCUUUAAAUGAGUUCUUUCCAAAUUCAUAAUGAUGAAUCUGUCUAAUAAAGAUGUAAAUCUUUAAUUCCUUAAAAUAUUUUAGAUGCCUUAUCUGAUGAUGUAAACAACCCAUAAUUUAGAAGAAACAUUACAUAUAAUUGGCAUUAUCAUAAUGAUCAUUAACAAUAUCUUUGUUAAGACACAGUUUCUUUUAGUUUCUCAAUAAAAAAGCAUGGAAUAAAAGAAAUGUUAAGAGCAAAGAUGGUUGAUUGGAUGAUAGAAGUAUAUGGAAAUUAUCCUACUACCACAACAUCAUAGACCUACUUUCGAGCUGUUGGUCUUUUAGAUGCAUUUCUAAAAAAAACAUCCUAAUAUUACUAUGAUGGAGAUGUUCAUCUUAUGGGAAUUAGCUGCAUGUUUAUUGCAUCUAAACUUGAAGAUAUUUAUCAUAUCCCAUUAACAGAGAUUGUAACUAGAGUUGGACAUAAUAAAUUCAAUAUCUCCAAGGUGAAAUCUAUGGAAUAAACUAUCUUAGAAACAUUAUAAUUUAAUGUUUAUUUUCCAACUCCAUUAGAUUAUUUAUAAAAUCUAUUUUAUAAAUGCUUUAGUCUAAAUGAUAAGUAAAUAUUUAAGUUAUUUCUUUUAGUUAGACAUUACAAAAUAUCUAUGAAACGUGUAUAUAUAUUCUGAAAAUGUGUAUGCAUGAGCUGCACAUGCUCAAUUUUACACCUAAUCUGUUAUCAGCUGCUAUUUUAGGAUAUGCAGUUAGAGAAUAUAUUGAUACUAAAUAAGAGAACAAAAAAGCUGAUAACUUAAAACUUAAUAAAUAAUCAGUAAAUAUAUUAUCUAAUAAUUAUAGCAAGAUUCGAUUGUCAAAAUAGCUAAAGUAGACUUCAAUACAUAUAAUGAAUGUUAAAAGCAAAUUGGUGAGUUAAUUAAUACAUUUAAAAGCAAAUACCCAGAUCUUAUUAAUUUAGAAAAAUUUUCUUGA